GAGUUUACGCCUCACCAAUCAGUGACCCGUAUAGCGACGAAUUGUUCUUGCAAGUUCUCCCUCUUCCUCCAGAACCAUUUCUCAAGGGCAGCAGCAGGAGGCGAGAGGUGCCCUGCCUGUCCCGUCUUCCGCGUAAUCAGGACCGUUGUGUGCGAGUAUUCUUGGUGGGGAGAAAAUCCAAUUUAAUUAUUCCGUAAGAGGGGCAGGGGUAGGAUUAGCAUUCUUUGGCCGAAGUGCAGCAAACCGUGAGCAUGGCAUGUUGUGUUUCGUCGGAGUGUGCAACCGAGAGAUAAACAACAACGUAAAUCAGCCCAAAAAGGCACCAAAAUUCGAUUCCUGCUCUUCGACGAUUUCAGUGCGAAAAUACGUUUAUCAGUGAUUCUAGUGAGUCCCCGAGCCGACGACGACCAGAACAACGACGACAAAGACGAGCCACAGCGUCUGAUCCUGGCCACACAGCAACGCCAACAGCAGCCAACCCAGAAGGCCCAGCCAGCGGAGCGAAGGGAGGUGGUGUGGUGUGUCGGAAUCGAAGAAGAGUUUGGUUCGCUCGUUCGGUUGAAGGCACACACAAGGCUACGCUCCAGCAGCAGGCGUCGAUUGUAAAGGCGUCCAGGACUCAGCACUGGUGGUCGGUCGUCGGAGCCGAGUGGUGUGCAGGAGCAGUGCGAACCGAGUUCUAAUCCGUCACCAACGACCAGCCCACAAGGGCAAAGGACCUCGCGGAGCAGCCUACCAAACGAAAAUGUAUAGUAAAAUGAAUGGAUAUCCUUCGUCAUCCUUUAGAUCCAGCAGUGGCCGUCUGUGGGGAAUGUCACACUCGCUGCCAUCGGGCAUGUCGAACUACGCCAACCACCACAACAACUACCUGCAGGAUGCCGACUUCUCGUCCUACUCACGGCCCCGCCUGUACGGCGACAUGCCGUCGAGCAGUACGUUCGGUGGCGGUAACCUGUCGCACCAUAGCCACCAUAGCCAGCAUCACCAUGGACAGCACCAUCAGCAGCAGCACCACCAUCACCACACGUCCUCCUCUAGUACCAGCUCGCUGACGGGCGCGAACUUUGGACCGGGGUCACCGAAUCACGCCGGCACCAACCUGAUCGUCAACUAUCUACCGCAGGACAUGACGGAGCAGGAGAUGUACUCCAUUUUCUCAAACAUGGGCCCCAUCGAGAGCUGUCGACUGAUGCGAGAUCUAAAGCAGACUGGUUACAGCUACGGGUUUGGGUUUGUCAACUAUCUGACGGAGGAUGCAGCCCAGCGUGCCAUCAAGUGUUUGAAUGGGUUCCCCAUUCGCAACAAGCGGCUGAAGGUAUCAUACGCGCGGCCGCAGAGUGACGACAUUAAGGAAACGAACCUGUACAUAACAAAUCUACCCCGAACGAUCAACGAGGAUCAGCUGGACAUUAUCUUCGGCAAGUACGGUACGAUCGUACAGAAAAACAUUCUGCGUGAUAAGCUCACGGGACAGCCACGCGGUGUAGCCUUCGUAAGGUUUAACAAGCGCGAGGAAGCGCAAGAAGCAAUAUCGGCCCUAAACAAUGUCAUCCCGCAGGGUGGAACCCAGCCGUUGAUAGUGCGCGUCGCGGAGGACCAUGGCCGGGCGAAGGCGGCCCUCUACGUACCCUCGUACAACUCUAUCGUGCACAACAAUAGAGCACUUCCUCCGCGACAGAAUUCGAUGAAGUACAGCGAUCGAUCGAGUGGGCUGCUGCGAUCGCACCAUUCGUUAAUAUUCUACUAACUUCGAUUAGUGCGAGCUAGAUGCUACUAAAAAAAUCGCAAAGAGGCGAAAAUUCGAGUGAGUGACGGAAUUGAGUACGAUGAUGGAAUGCUGGACCUAAUGGCACUAGGAAUACAGGUUGUAAACAGGUUGAUUAGAUACGAAAUAUUAUGAUUACAUGAUAACACAAAACGAGCACGGUUACAGGCUUUCGUACCGCACCGUACCGUAUCGUAGGCUUCACUCACACGGAUCGAGUGAAAAACCGGCGAAGGUCCCGCGCUGUAAUUCGUGGAACAUCUAGAAUAAAACAUAAAUAAACUCUAGCAUACAUCCCGAAACGUUGGAAUCGCAAAAUUUAUACAAACAGCCUGAUGUUCAGUCGUCGUCGCAUUGUGUUGGCUUAAUUUUCGCGUGGAGAUUUGGGACUCUCAUACAACACAACUAGAUGGGGUGUUUAUGGUUUAUUUAGACUAUGUUUAGACGAGGUACGGGGACACUCCUUGUGUACAGCUUUGAAAUGGAUUAUUGUACGAUUGGCGCGAAUCAUGGAACUCCCACCCUGCGUGGGUUGAAACGCGACGCGUACAUAUUUUCUAUGGCUAAUAAGAUGCCACAAUUCAUGCUUUUUAUUAUGUAUAAUUCAUUUGAAAGGUGCACGUAGUGUCAGGGCUACUUGAUCUGAUUAAUUUAUAAUAUUCGUUAACUAUUUUCUAAUGUUAGAAACAUGCCGCUGAGAGAUGUGAGUAAAACACAGGGUUAUCUAACAAAUGUUCAAUCGACAGUGAGGGAAUCGGAAUCAUCGAAUGCAAGAUGAUAAUGAUCGUAUUCAGCUUCGUAGUUGAAGCUUUUGUUUGUUAUGUAACUGUGUACUAUGUUGUGCUGACUAAUCGUUAAUACUAGUGUUAGGUUCGUAGAGAAGAUAAGGGAAGAGCUUUUUGUACAGAAGCUCAGGUUAGUGAAAACAAUAUCGUAUCUUUUAUCGACCGCUCCACGCGUGUACUGUGUUACUGAUGUCUGUUUGUGUAUUUGGAGCCCAGUACGUAGAGGAUUUAAUUUUAAUUACAAACGCUUUUACCAUCUCUGAGAUGCUUGCAACUCCACUCAUUCGAUUUCACAUCCAAAACGGUAUAACCUUUACGCCUUUUCUCUUCGAAUCGUUGCAAAACUGUAGUUUUAUCAAACAAGUCUGCCAAUUUCAAUCUGAAUCUCAAAUGAAAUAAGUGAAACAAAACGUUAAAACCCAAUCGAAAAGUUUGUUAGUAGAAAUAAAAUUUCAAAUCGCAAAACCCGGAACAGAGGUUCUAAAGCUGUAGAGACUUGUAAUUUAACAAAAAAAAAAAAGCGUGACCCGGGGAAGUUCAACAAGCAAACGAAUAGAGAGCGAAUAUUUUGGAGCAAAAAUAAGAAUGAGUUCUAGUAUAGAAGCCAAAGCGUGCAAGGCAUGGUGGGAGGGACGAAUACCUACAUAAUGAGUUACGACAUGACAUGGAGCGUGAAACACACCGAAGGAUCGCAUUUUUCAUACGACCUAACAGAAAACACGGAGAAAGACAUAAACGGCUGUAGGCCAUCGCUUUUCCUAUUCCUUUCAUACCUUCUCCCUUUUUAGAUGAAAGGCAAGUGUUUUAGCAAUCCAAUUGCGUUCGUUCAAUUCUUCGUCGAAACAGAACAAAAAAAAACAAGAAAAAAACUAAUCAACUUCUAAAAAAUUAAAACAAACGAAUGGCGAAAGGGUAGCUUAAAGUAAGGAAAACUGAAUAAAAAAUCAACUCGUGAUACAGUGUAACUACGAUGCGAUGGACGUAAACUACUAGCAUCCACGAACGUACGCUGCGCUGGUACAUAGCGGUCGUGGUAACGAGACGAUUGUGUGGGCAUUCUAAAGGAAGCGUUUCAGCAGCAUAAUCGGCGAUAGCAUAGCAGGCACACGCAGUGUUGUGCCCAGGAAUCCCGUACUUACCUUCUCUGUCCAUACCUCAUUGUAGUUCGUUACAAGCAUAAGGCGCGUGUCCUCUUCCUGCAGGCAUCUUACAGCGAAUACUAGCAAAAAUCAAAUUCUUCCGCGAUUAGUGAAGUGAAACUAGCCAAUAGAAGUCAAAAAAAAAACUUGGGAAAUUUUCA